AUGGCCGCCACGCUGGGCUGCAGCUCCGCCAGCUGUAACGUGGUGCUGCCGGAGGCCCAGGGGGACUUCACGUCGCCAUGCUACCCCCAGAAAUACCCCAACACGCAGUCCUGCAGGUGGAGCAUGCAGGCUCCCGCCGGCUUCAUCAUCCAGCUCUCCUUCCUGGACUUUGACCUGGAGGAGGCGCCGGGCUGCAUCUACGACCGGGUGGUGGUGAACACGGGCAACGCCGAGGUUAAGUUCUGCGGCCCGACGGCCAACGGGCUGACGCUGAACUCCACAGGGAACGUGAUGGAGCUGUCCUUUGUCUCCGACUUCAGCGUGCAGAAGAGAGGGUUCAGUGUUAGCUUCAGACACGUGGCCGUGGCUCUGAGGAACCAGAAGGUGCAUAUCUCCCGGGGCAACGGUCAGGUGACCAAGGUGUCCGUGCCCAUCCCGACGCUCAGCCAGCUGACGCUCUGCUUCGAGGUGGAGCGCAGCAGCGGCCAGAAACAGAAGGAGUGGAUCUUCACCUACUACAGCCGGAGCGCCGUGCUGCUGAGUCUGGGUGGAGACCAGUCUGGGAUGAAGCUGAUCGUUGAUGAAGAGGAGUGCCCCAUCGACUCCAUCAUCUCCAAGUCUGACUUCACCUCCAGCAUGAAGCAGUUCUGCGUGCUGUGGUCGUCCUCCACCGGCCGCGUCGCCGUAUACUUCGAUGGGAACUACUGGCCCAAGACCUGCUACUCCUCCAGCGGACACUCGGUGCCCGGGGGAGGAGUCUUCCGCCUGGGAGGGCAGCAGGGUUUCGAGGGCAGCGUUUACAACCUCCGUCUGUGGGACUACGCCAUGACGAGGGAGAACCUCGACAAGCUCAGCUGUGACGAGGUCGGCAACGUGGUCGACUGGGACAACAACCACUGGAGCAUCCCGUCAUCACUGGCCCAGACAGACACACAACUCAGCUGUAGUGUCUCCCCGCCCACUACUCCCGCCCCCACCAGCUGUCAAUCACCUGGACUGGGCUGCCCAGCUGCUUCCUCUCCCGCCACCCCAUCCACUGACUCCACUAACACCACCCAUGCUACUAAUGCCAACACCCACGUUCCCCCUCCCAUCAAUCCAUCUCCAUCCACCAUCCCUACUACUAGCAUGCCACUAACCCCAACCAUCAGCACCACCACCACCACCACCACCUCCACCAGUACUCCCAGCUCCUCAUCCUCUGAAAAUGAACUCUUAUGUUGUGCCUUCCACUACCAUCAUCACCACUACAACCACCACCAGCACCAGCACUACUGCUUCCCCUACAUCUACUACAUCUGCUACAUCUACUGCAUCUACUACAUCUACUGCAUCAACUACAUCAGCUGCAUCUACUGCAUCUACUACAUCUACUACAUCUACUGCAUCUACUACAUCUCCUCUCCACAGGCAACCAGCAGCACGGCAACUGCUUCAGCUGCUCCCACUAACCACCCAGCUACUAACCCCACAGCGCAUGUCCCAAUAACUCCGACUCCGACUAACCAACCAGCCACUAACUCACCUGUUCCUGCUGCUUCCUCCUGGGAGGGUUUGUUCUACCGGAUCUCCUUCCUGGUGGAGGACGGCAGCAACACGCUGACUCAGCCUCAGGUGGAGCGAGCUGUGGCCUUCUGGCUGAAUCAGACGUUUCAGAACUGGACCCAUGCCGUCUACGUCGACUCCAUCAGCGUCCAGCCUCAGAGCUCCGCCCCCCUCACCAGUUUCUCCUGCCAGGCUCUCCUCGUCUAUAACUUCAUCACUAAUGAGAGUCUUGGCGUGGCGUCCGUGUCGUCGCGGCUGACCGCCAGCGAGGGUCUGAUGGGGGCGGGGCUAAAGGUUAGCCCCGCCUCCUCACAGGUCACACUCAUCGAGAACUGUCCUGAGGAGAACCCUCUCCACUACCUCUGGCCUGAGAGUCGACCCACCGUCACCCAGUACCUGCCCUGCUUCCCCAACAAGGACCAGAGCACCUCCAGGACCUGUGUGAUCAGCCGUCUGAACUUCACGUCGUCCUGGUCGACUGCAGACGUCACAAACUGCACCGACAUCGACACCAUCCACGUCUCAGCAGAAAACGCAGCUGAAGUCGCCGUUCAGCUCGCUGACAUCACCAACAACGAGCUGUCCAAUGAGGAGGUGUCUAAAGUGGUGACGAAGGUGAAGCAGCUGGUGAACGUGGCGAAGAUCAACAUCACGCUGGCGUCCACCGUCGUCACCAUCAUCUCCAACGUGAUGACGAGCUCAGAGACGCCGCUCGCCGCCGCCACCUCCGACAAGGCUCUGAGGACAGUAGACGAGCUCCUCCUGAAGGUGGAGUUCAGCGGUCCGUCCCUCAGCAUCUCCUCCAGACAUCUGGCGCUCGCCAUCAGCACGCUCAACAGCAGCGUCUUCAACGGGACCUCCUUCAGCGCCUCCAUGGGCCCCAACAGCUCCCAGCCCCAGGUGGACUUUGAGGAGGACAGGAUGAACCCCCUGGCUGUGGUUCUCCUCCCUGCGUCUCUCCUCUCUGGAGUUUCUGUGAGUGAAGCCGACAGGAUCAACUUCAUGUUCUUCACCAGCACCAACCUGUUCCAGAAGGAGCAGGAUGGUCGUUCUCUGAACAGCUACGUGGUGGCGAGCAGCGUGGGGAACGUCUCCAUCAGAGAGCUGCAGGAGCCGGUGGAGAUCACCAUCACACACCUCCACCAGCAGCCCAACCUGAAUCCAGUCUGCAUGUUCUGGGACUUCACCAUGAACAGUGGUGCUGGCGGCUGGAACCCAGCCGGCUGCAGAGUGUCCCCAGAGUCCAGCAGCAACAGGACCGUCUGUCUCUGUGACCACCUGACUCACUUUGGCGUCCUCAUGGACGUCUCUGGAGCGUCUCCUCACAUCGACCCGAAGAACAACAAGAUCUUGACCUUCAUCACCUACAUCGGCUGCGGCGUGUCGGCCAUCUUCUCUGCGGCGACGCUGCUCACCUACAUCGCCUUCGAGAAACUCCGGCGCGACUACCCCUCCAAGAUCCUGAUGAACCUGAGCACGUCGCUGCUCUUCCUCAACAUGGUGUUCCUGCUGGACGGCUGGCUGGCCAGCCUGCACGCCGACUGGCUGUGUCUGUCCGUGGCCGUCUUCCUGCACUACUUCCUGCUCACCACCUUCACCUGGAUGGGGCUGGAGUCCAUCCACAUGUACAUCGCCCUGGUCAAGGUGUUCAACACCUACAUCCGCCGAUACAUCCUCAAGUUCUGCAUCGUGGGCUGGGGGCUCCCUGCGGUGCUGGUGGGGAUUGUUGUUGCGGUGGAUAAAACCUCGUACGGCCUGCAGGAGUACGGCAAAGGACAGUCCGGAGAGUCUGGAGAGGGAUCCUCAGAGUUCUGCUGGAUCAAGAACCCGGUCGUCUUCUACAUCACCUGCGUCGGGUACUUCUGCCUGGUGUUUCUGCUCAACGUGGCCAUGUUCAUCGUGGUGAUGCUGCAGAUCUGCGGCCGCAACGGAAAACGCAGCAAUCGCACGCUGCGAGAGGAGAUUCUACGAAACCUGCGAAGCGUCAUCAGUCUCACCUUCCUGCUGGGGAUGACGUGGGGCUUCGCUCUGUUCGCCUGGGGGCCCGUCAACCUGGCCUUCAUGUACCUGUUCGCCAUCUUCAAUUCACUGCAAGGUCUCUUCAUAUUUAUCUUCCACUGCGCCAUGAAAGAAAACGUCCAGAAACAGUGGAGGAGAUAUCUAUGCUGUGGACGCUUCAGACUGUCAGACAACUCAGACUGGAGUAAGACGGCCACCAACAACACGAAGAAGGUGAGCUCAGACAACCUGGGCAAGUCUCUGUCCUCCAGCUCCUUCGGCUCCAGCACCGCCAACUGGACGUCCAAAGCUAAAGCCACGCUCAACCCGUUCAGCAAGAGACACAGCAACACAGAUAAAUGUUACUCCACCCAGACCGGCCCCAAGUGCGUCUCCUCCUGCUCCUCCUCCUCCGAAGUGGAGCCCACCUCCUCGUCCUCCUCCUCCUCCAUCCUCCCCGUCAGCCAGAUGAUCGAUAAGGUCAAAGGUUACUGCUCCACGCGCUCCGACAACUUCUACAAGAACAUCAUCAUGUCCGACAGCUUCGCCCACAGCACCAGGUUCUAGAGAGGGACCCCCAACCCAACCCGCCUUGUGUUUUGGAUCUACGUAAACCUCGUGUCGGAGGAGGUUUCAAAGCUUCUGAUAUGAAAACACUGUUCUGGAAGUGCCCGUGACGUUAUUUAAGGCUUCGCUUUUGUUCUGGACCCGCCACCCAACGCUCUAGAACCCUUUUGUACUCUUCAACUGCUCCUAACACUCGAGAACUCUCUGUGAGCCUCAACACUUAAAAAUAGUUUUUGUUUUCCGGAACCGCCCCGGACUCUCUGGAGCUCUUUCCCACAGCCUCAGCCAGAAGGGACGGACUAAACAAGUCCAAGGACGGUAACGGAGGAGCCGCCAACAUUCUAGAACCCUCCAGGGUUCUGAAGUAAGACCCAUAACCGACCAACAUUCUAGAUCCCUCCAGGGUUCUGAAGUAAGACCCAUAACCGACCAACAUUCUAGAUCCCUCCAGGGUUCUGAAAUAAGACCCAUAACCAACGAACAUUCUCCAGGAUUCUGAAAUGAAACCCAUAACCGAGCAACAUUCUAGAACCCUGCAGGUUUCUGAACCCCCCCAAACUAACAAUCUAGAACCCUCCAGGAUUCCAAAAGACCCCCUGUCCAACAUUCUAGAACACCCCAGGAUUAAAACAAAAACCCUGACUAACAUCCGAAAACCCUCCCCCCUAAUCAAUAUUCUAGAACCCCUUAGGAUUCCAAAAGACCCCUGUCCGACGUUCCAGAACCCUCCAGGAUUCUGAACCCCCCCCCCCAACUAACAAUCUUGAACCCUCCCGGUUUCUGAAAUAAAACCCAUAACCAACCAACAUUUUAGAACCCUCCAGGAUUCAGAAAAAAAGAACCCUAACUAACAUCCUAGAACCCUCCAGGAUUCUGAAAUAAAACCCUUACCAACAUUCUAGAACCCUCCCGGAUUCUGAAACCCCCCCAAGUAAAAUCUAGAACCCUCCCGGUUUCUGAAAGAACCCCGAUCCAACAUUCUAGAACCCUCCCGGAUUCCGAAAAAAACCCUAACCAUUCUAACAUUCUAGAACUCUACAGGAUUCUGAACCCAAUCCAAUCCAAUCCAAUCCCCUUUAUUUAUAUAGCACAAUUUUAGCAAACACAAGGUUUCCAAAGUGCUGCACAAACAAUAAAUACAUAACACAAUACAAAGAGAUGUAGUAAACAAUAGAUCAGUAAGAUGCAAUAAAUUAAAAAUGGGAUAAAAAUAAAUAAAAUAAAAUGUAAAAUGUACUGCCCGCACAAAAUAAAA